AUGUUGGAAAGCCCCAACUUGCCAGAAGAGAAGCGAGUGGAUGUUCUAAUGCGCAUCAACGCUAUCUACUUAUUCGUGGCCACCUGCGUGUGUUGGUCCCUGCCCGACCCGGAUCGUUUGGACGAGAUGGUCACAUGGCUUGUGGGCCCGGACUUGGGGUUGCACGACGUCAUCAAAGACUGGCACGCAGAUUGCAAGCAGCGCAAGGGAAGAGAGAUGACGGCAGACGGCCAAGUUCGACUCAAUGCAGCAUUUGAAGCAUUGUUGGACAUAGCCCAGCAGAUGUCACGAACUGCGAUCGUGGAGCCUAUGUCUCAAGCAGAUCCCAUUUGCCCCGCACCAGGUGACCCUGCCAAGUUGCAAGCAUUGUUGGCGAAACCACAGUUGACGGAGGCUGACGUCCCUCCAGACGUCUUCGGUUCGUCGCUGCAGCUGCAACCACCUCUGUUGCAGCUGUCCCUCCUUCGCUGCACGGCGAUGCUGUGGGAGCUGCGCGCGGCCUACGCGGAGCCGGAGUUUCACCGAGAGUACAUGAAACUGCGCAACUCGCCAUCUGCCCAUGGCCAGCACGUAGAGUUUACUCUGCAGAAGCAGGGGCCUGUGCUGGAAAAGUAUGGCUUUGAGCCAUCCCUGAGAGGUGUCAUUGAGAUGCGCUCACAGACCAGGGCGCUCACAUCUGACGCAGUGAUUCUGAAGUUGCUGCAGGACAUCCAUGGUCUUCUGGAGGCGCGAAAGCCAUUACCCACCAGGGUCACUUGGCGUUUCCAGAUGGGAUGGCGGCCAAGCUCUGAACAGGGCAUGUCCUUGAUCCAAAGCAGCUGGGACACUGGAGAGCGGAUGCAGAUCUUGGAGGCACCCAAGCUAGAGGCCGAUUUCGAUUUUUCAGGGCCAGUGAUAGAGGUGCACUUGGAUCAUGCCAAGCAGGAGAUCCUGGGUUUUGGCACUGCAUUCACCGAAGCCAGUGCUCUCGUUUUCCAGGGCUUAGAUCCUGAGCUUCAACGAGAGGUGCUGGAGCUCUACUUUGGAAAUGAGGGAAUUGGUCUCACCUUGGGACGUGUGCACAUCAAUAGCUGCGAUUUCUCCUUGGGAAACUAUUGUUUCGACCCGGUGGAGGAAGAUUACGAGCUGGAUCAUUUCGACAUGCAGGUGAAGCGCGACAGCAAGGCGCUGAUUCCAUUGAUCCAUGGGGCCCAGAAGCUGUGCCGCACGCUGCAACUCAUGGCUUCACCCUGGAGCCCUCCGGCAUGGAUGAAAAUCAGCAAGGCGAUGAAUGGUUCAACGAAACCAGGGCUGCGACCAGAAUGCCAGGACGUUUGGGCCAGAUACAUCGCGACUUGGAUCUCAGCAUACAGGCAGCAGAGUGUGAAGAUUUGGGCUGUGACCGUGCAGAAUGAACCGGAGCAUAACGCUCCUUGGGAAGCAUGCUGCUACACUGCCAAGGAAGAAGCUGAAUUUGUCGCGCUGCAUUUGGGCCCCACCCUGCGAUCGAUUCACCCAGAUGUGCAGAUUUUCAUCUACGACCACAACAAGGAUCACGUGUAUGACUGGGCCCGUGAAGCCUUGGGUGUGGAGCGGCCAUCGCCAGCCAAAGCUUUUGUGCGAGGCAUUGCGUUUCACUGGUACGCAGGUGAUCACUUCGACAAGCUGCGGAAAACUCGGGAGGAGUUUCCUGAUGCCACCUUGCUCGCAACGGAAGCCUGCUACGAGCGGCACCGGUGGAAGUCCGGCACCCGCAUAACCGAAGGCGAUUGGAGCUUUGGCGAAGGCUAUGCGCACGACAUCAUGGGGAAUUUGAAUGCUGGCGCUGCUGGCUGGAUCGACUGGAACAUGCUUUUGGACGAUGCUGGCGGGCCAAAUCACGUGGGCAACGUUUGCGACUCGCCACUGAUGGCCAGUGUGACCGAUCAGGAACUGCAUGUUCAUCCGCAGUACUUUUUCCUGGGACAUUUUUCCAAGUAUGUUUGGCCUCGCUCCAAGUGUCUGGCAUCCUCCAUGUCUGGCACCCCCAGCUGCAGCGAACAGCGGAUCUAUGGCACCUGCACCGCGCAGGACGGGCUGCAGGGGGUGGCUUUGAAGCGCCCAGACGGUGCUAUAGUCGUGGUAAUGCUGAAUGCCGCAAAUCUCUCGGUGACUUUCAAGCUGCUCUUGGACGGCGCGAACGCAGCUCCCUGCGCCCUCCGGGCAUCCAUUCCUGCGCGGUCCAUUCAAACCUACGUGCUGCAGCUGGCCGACCAAAAAUUCGAUGCAGACUGA